CACACAGUCACACACUGAUAGUACAAGGGAAGAGGAGGAGGAGGAGGAGGACAUGGGUGGAGAAGCGUCGCGUGCUGCUGCGGCUAUAGGUCAUUUAGGCGCGCGGUUCGUUCGUUGCUGAACAGAUGCAGAUCGGUGUGUGAAUGAGAGAGAGUUCUAGGCGGAGAGAGAGACGACAAUGAACCGUAACUGGUGUGUCUGCGUGUGAGAGGAGAGAAGAGGAGCGGGAGUUGGAGAGACAGCGAGAGACAGACAUGGAGGACUCGGAGCCUGGUGGAGAAGACGGUAUGGUCGGUGGCUGGCGGUGGAAUAACCGGAACACCGGAGCUCGAGACCAGGUUCAGCUCAGGCAGAAGAUCCGGGAUUUACCAGGACUAUUGAAACAUGGACUGCACCUACGGAAGAAAAGCCAGUCACCUGAUACCAUCCCUGGACCCAGCACAAGCCCUACUGUUCACAAGUCCUGCUCCCAGAGUUUCCCAUGUGCAGGGCGUGCGGUGAGGAAUGCGUUCCUGUCUAAUGGGCCCUACCCUGCUAAAGACAAGAUUCACCUCGCCAGGAUCAUAAGGCGUAGUUACGUGGGUGUAGACCUUGUUCAGUGGCUGUGUGAGCAGUGUGUGUACGUGCGCUGUCGGAGCAUGGCCGUGCGCGUCUGGCAAGUCUUACUGGAGCUGGGCAUCCUGCUGUCUGUGGACCAGCGCGUGGUGUUCGGGGACUCUAACUCCUACUACCAGUUCAGCUUUGAGGAGUGUGAGUCUGCAGCCUGCGAGUUCUGCGGCCUGGAGAAGGAGGCGUGGCCAGAGGCUGUUAGGCUCCUCCUACAGCUUGUCCCAUACGUCCAGUUCAGAACUGGGUCUGAGGAGGACUCAGAGGGAAACAGAGAUGUCUGUGGGGACAGCUUUCUCCAGAUGAAAGCAUUAGAUAGGCUCACCUCCACGGUGCAGAAUGAGCUGGCUGUUGCUCUCGCCCGCAAGGCUCGCAAAGCCAUGGCAGAGCAGGGUGGCCCAGAGUCACCGGACGCCAUCCCCCGGGAGACACCCACACCCAGCGACGAGAACACCACGCCCCCCUCCUUACAGCUGGGGGGGGUGUGUUCGCUCCGCGGCAACGUGGGGAGUGUGUGUGUGCGUCCGGACGGUGUGUGUGGCCGCGAGGAGCUGACGAGACUAGAGCUGGUCCAGAGACUGGCUAAGGACGGCUGCAGACUGCUUCAGAACCCUAACUACAGAGUACCAGACCACCGCAACCCCACCGGAGAGGUGGUAGGGAGGGUGUGUCUUAAGGAAAGGGGGCGGGAUGUCCUUGUGCUACAGAGAGUGCCAUCAUCAGUGACAUCAUCACCUAACCCCGCCUCAUCGCCAUCAGGGGGAGGAGCCAGAGAAGAAGAUGGGGAGAAGAGGUAUGUGGUGGUGUCUGGAACACCACUGAAGAUUCUAGAACACCUGCUGAGUGACCUACGACUGGACGACCAGAGAGGAACGCCGGAGAGCAAAGAGUCUGAGAUGCUGCUGGAUGACUUCCUGUUGACGUACCUGGUGUUCAUGACGACCAACGACCUCUGUCAGGCCCUGCUCGGACACUACAGCAGUAAGCGUGUGCGUCAGGAGGAAGGGAAGGAGGCCCUCUAUAGGAAGAGGAAGGUAUUACACCUGGUCUCUCACUGGACACGCCUAUAUAAGGACUUCCUACGAGAGGACGAACACAUCAAGACAUUCAUGAAGACUCUCUCUAGGUGUGUGUUAGAGGAUCUUUAUGAGUUUCCAUCUCUGGAGAAAGACAUGAAGGAGUUCCAGAAGCUUCUACGACGCAGACACACUGUGGAUGAAUGUCCUCCACAGCAAAAGAGUAAACCUAUGUUCCAGCAGCUCAGUUUAAAAGAGAACAGUCUUCCGCUCCGUUCCCCUCAGGUUGACACCAAGGAGGUGUUGUGUCGUGUGUAUGUGAGUGCUGACUCCUACCUGUGUGUUUACACACACUCUUUACUGAGCGUCGCAGAGCUGCUGAGGAUUGUGGGUCAGAAGAUGGACCGACCAGAGGAGGACAUGGUGCUGGUCACACACACGCACACUGGAGAGAGGAGGGUGUUACAGGCUGGUCAGUGUGUGUAUUCUGAGACUCUGACGCCACAGAGCAAACUGAUGGUCUGUCAGAGGGAUCUCACACAUAUUAUGGCCCCUCUAACAGACAGUGAGCUGAGUAGGAGAACAGUGAGGUUGCUGGGUAUCAACACCUGGGAUAUGGCUGCUGCUCUUACACAACUGGACUGGAACCUCUUCAACUACAUACACGAGCAGGAGUUGGUGUAUUCCACAAUGAGCUGUAGUACCGGAGGCAGCCACCGGGAGGGUCUGUCUGUAUUACUGCAGCGCUGUAACGAGGUCCAGCAGUGGGUCAUGUCUGAGGUUCUGAUGUGUGUGUCGCUCAACAAACGAGUCCAGCUGCUCAAGAAGUUCAUCAAGAUCGCAGCGCACUGUAAGGCCCAGAGGAACCUGAACUCAGCAUUUGCCAUCAUCAUGGGACUAAACACUGCAGCUGUCAGCAGACUCAAUAUAACCUGGGAGAAAGUUCCGGGGAAAUUCAAGAAGAUUUUCUCCGAACUGGAGUUGAUCACAGACCCGUCUAUGAACCAUAAGGCCUACAGAGAUGCCUUCAAGAAGAUGAAGCCUCCUAAGAUCCCCUUCAUGCCCCUGCUGUUGAAAGACAUUACCUUCAUCCACGAGGGAAACAAAACCUUUCAGGACAACCUGGUGAACUUCCAGAAACUGCACAUGAUCGCCGACAUAGUGCGUCUGAUUCGCCACUGCCAAAGCGACCAAAUGGGUAACGAGGUGGUGGGCAGCGACAGUCCUGAGGUCAGGGCGAGUGUUCACCACUUACACAUCAUCGACAAUCAACAGACACUCUUUCAACUGUCACACAAACUGGAGCCACGCGCCUGAACACACACACUCCAAGAGGAACUUUUGACCUCCACAGAACCACAGAAAAUACACUUCCUGUAUCAAAGGUGCCAUGCGAGCCACUGUCUCUCAGCCAAUCACAGUUCAACAUCCUGAAAUAGCCAGCCAACCACACUUCAGAAGACUGAUUCAGCGAGCCAACCACAGAGCUGCACACUGAGGCGGCGUUCAGACUGAAAAUUAAUAUCUGGCAAAACCUAAUUCAGAUUGUUUUUCUAUGACGGUCAAACUUUGACGGAAGACAAAGCCUUUGAAGAGGACAGGCGGCCAUUCGUUAUUGUUCUUUGGUGAAUACAGUUUUUAUGAAGCUACUGUCCAGUUACUGAGACUGCGUGUCGUUCUGUUUCUGCUCUGAAGUUAACAGUCAGUUUCACUGUAUUGAUGAUCCUCAGUAGGGGAAACGGUCAUGUGACUGCAGAUAUGAAUGGAUGGUAUGAAUGUACAGUGUAUAUAUGGACAGAGUAGACAUACAGUAGAUGUGUACUGUAUGGGUUCAGGCCACAUGGUGAGCCUCUGGAUGUUACAGUGCCAAAUGCCCAGACGGGAAAGAUAUGCCAUAUUCAGCUAUACAGACGCACAGCUUUUCACAUGUAUCCAUAGUAACAACAAAGCCUGGUCCUGCCAUACCAUAAAAGGUCAUAACAUUACACAUUGUUUUUAGAUGUUAUAACAUGGUAUUUAUAGAGAGUUAUUAUAUUGUUGUUACACUUUUACUGACUGAAGAGAUUGUUCUGCUAUUUCAAUGCCUGUUACACACAGAUUUCACUAAGCAACAUGGCCUGGGUUCAAUCCCAGCCAAUGCAUUUUACACAGAACCUUACCCUGUUAAGGCAUAGUCACACUGACUGAUCUAGAACAUUACCCUGUUAAGGCGUAGUCACACUGACUGAUCUAGAACAUUGCCCUGUUACGGCGUAGUCACACUGACUGAUCUAGAACAUUACCCUGUUAAGGCUUAGUCACACUGACUGAUCUAGAACAUUGCCCUGUUAAGGCGUAGUCACACUGACUGAUCUAGAACAUUACCCUGUUAAGGCUUGGCGUAGUCACACUAGUACAUGCACAUGUAUCUACAGUAUUCAGGUGUGUAGGAGCAGGGCAGCACUGCUAUAGGACUAUUUAUUGUAAUAGUGAGUGUAUUUAUGUUUCUCUAAAGGGGACAGACUGUGACGGUCCUGUGUGCCAGAUGACACGGCAGCUGUAUAAAAACAAUAAUACAAGUGUAAAGCUAUACAGGGUAACGGUUAGAUGUGUAAAGAUAGUGAACUGUGUAUAAAAAGGUUUAAAAUUGGAGCUGAAAUGCUGGAAUGUUUAAAACAGGAGACUAGGGAAUGAUUGUUACUGUCCUGUGUGAUGUCAAAAUGGGGGGGGGGGGGGUGACAGAGAGAAAAAAGAACCAAUGAAAAAAGAGAGUUUUGUUGUUGUUUUCUUGCCGUGGUCAUGACGAUGUAAAGUUCUGUUUUAAAGAAUGUUGUUGUGUUUGCAUGACGUGACGACCCCAUGAGAUCACAAUGCAAGACCACAGAUCCUAUUCUAUAAUGCCCUACGUUUGAACAGAACCCAUGUGGCCCUGGUCAGAAGUAGUGUACUAUAUUAUAGGGAAUAGGGAGCUCUGGUUAAAAGUAGUGUACUAUAUAAGCCAGGGAAUAGGGAGCUCUGGUUGAAAGUAGUGUACUAUAUUAUAGGGAAUAGGGAGCUCUGGUUAAAAGUAGUGUACUAUAUAAGCCAGGGAAUAGGGAGCUCUGGUUAAAAGUAGUGUACUAUAUAAGCCAGGGAAUAGUGCGCCAUUUCAGAUUUGCUAUAAGGCGUUAUUCUUCUGUAAUAUUAUUGACCUGUUAAUAUGGAUAAUGUUAUUACUAUAAGGCAGGGUUUCCCAACCCUUUCCUCGGUUACUGGCAGACAAUUCACAUCUUAGUUUUAACCCUAAACUGCCAGAUUCAGUUAGUCAGCUGAUCAUCAAGCCUUUAACCAAUUGAAUCAGGUAUGCCAGUUCAGGGUUAAACCAAACAUGUGAAACGUCUAGGGGAGGCCAGAGGAAAUAGUUGGGAAACCCUGCUAUAAUAUUAUUAUUAUUAUUUUAUUAUGAUGUUUGAGAUGUUAUUAUUUAUCUGUUUAAAAGUAGACUCCUCAAUAUGACAUCAUAAAGAGCGGGUCGACUGCUUAUAACAACAUCAACACAAUUCAACGCUGCCACUAUUGGCUCUGCCACUAUUGGCUUUGCAACUAUUGGCUCUGCAACUAUUGGCUUUGCAACUAUUGGCUUUGCAACAAUUCGCUCUGCAACUAUUGGCUUUGCAACUAUUGGCUUUGCAACUAUUGGCUCUGCAACUAUUGGCUUUGCAACUAUUGGCUCUGCAACUAUUGGCUUUGCAACUAUUGGCUUUGCAACAAUUCGCUCUGCAACUAUUGGCUCUGCAACUAUUGGCUCUGCAACUAUUGGCUUUGCAACUAUUGGCUCUGCAACUAUUGGCUUUGCAACUAUUGGCUUUGCAACAAUUCGCUCUGCAACUAUUGGCUCUGCAACUAUUGGCUCUGCAACUAUUGGCUCUGCAACUAUUGGCUUUGCAACAAUUCGCUCUGCAACUAUUGGCUUUGCAACUAUUGGCUCUGCAACUAUUGGCUUUGCAACAAUUUGCUCUGCAACUAUUGGCUUUGCAACUAUUGGCUCUGCAACUAUUGGCUCUGCAACUAUUGGCUUUGCAACUAUUGGCUUUGCCACUAUUGGCUCUGCCACUAUUGGCUCUGCCACUAUUGGCUCUGCCACUAUUGGCUUUGCAACUAUUGGCUUUGCAACAAUUCGCUCUGCAACUAUUGGCUCUGCAACUAUUGGCUCUGCAACUAUUGGCUUUGCAACUAUUGGCUCUGCAACUAUUGGCUUUGCAACUAUUGGCUCUGCAACUAUUGGCUCUGCCACUAUUGGCUUUGCAACUAUUGGCUCUGCAACUAUUGGCUCUGCAACUAUUGGCUCUGCAGUUAUUGUCUCUAAAUUGUGCCCUCCCUUGAGGAGAUUUGAAUUCUGUUGUUGUUGUUUCUGUUUCCCCGCUGUAUAUGAUGCCAUAUUGCUGAGUGUACCUUUAGGGAAAAGAGAAACACAGAGCAAUAUGCCCCCUCCCUGACUGCUGAAGCCACACCUCUUUUCUAAAGAGUGUUUUACUACUUAAAAGUUUUACUUGAGAUGAUGAAUAAAAUAUAGGUUUUAUGUCAUAUUAAA